AUGGCUUCUAUUCUUCACUUUCUAGCCAUAUCUAUUUCUUGCUCUUUUCUUUUCUUCUUAUGUGAGUCUAAUUCCUCUACAUAUCCAUCAUUCCUACUUGUUCUACCAGCUCAAAAAGAUGCUUCCACUGGUCUCCAUUGGACCAACCUCCACAAAAGGACCCCUCUAAUGCAAGUACCCGUCCUACUGGACCUCAAUGGAAACCAUUUGUGGGUCAACUGUGAGCAACAGUACUUAUCCAAAACCUACCAAGCACCCUUCUGCCACUCCGCACAGUGCUCCAGAGCUAACACUCACCAGUGCCUCAGUUGCCCCGCGGCACCAAGGCCAGGGUGCCACAGAAACACAUGUGGCCUCAUGUCCACCAACCCUGUCACCCAACAAAACGGUUUGGGUGAACUAGGCCAAGACGUGCUUGCAAUCCACUUCACUAUAGGAAACCAACUUGGUCCACUGUUCACCAUCCCUCAGUUCCUCUUCUCUUGUGCACCUUCCUUCCUUGUCCAAAAGGGUCUUCCCAAAAACAUCCAAGGAGUCGCUGGGUUAGGUCAUUCACCUAUUUCUCUUCCAAACCAACUUUUUUCCCACUUUGGCCUACAACACCAAUUCACCACGUGUCUCUCUCGCUCGGCUUCUAAGGGUGCUAUCCUCUUCGGAGAUGCGCCAAACAACUUGAAUCAUGCCCAAGAUAUUUUCCACGAUUUGGUUUACACCCCAUUAACCAUCACCCCACAAGGAGAGUACAAUGUGAGAGUCGUCUCCAUAAGAAUUAAUCAGCACGACCUGGCCCCAGUGAACAAGAUAUCAUCAACCAUAGUAGGACACUCUGGAGGAACCAUGAUUAGCACCUCAACUCCUCAUAUGAUUCUGCAGCAAUCUUACUAUCAGUCUUUCAUUCAAGGGUUUGCUCAGCUGCUUCCAAAGCAGGCUCAGGUAAAAUCUGUGGCACAAUUUGAGUUGUGUUUUGAUUCAAAAAAGAUCAAAUCAUAUCCUAGCGUGGACCUUGUGAUGGACAAGCCUAAUGGUCCGGUUUGGAGAAUCGCUGGUGAGGACUUGACGGUGCAGGUACAACCUGGGGUGGCGUGUUUGGCCGUUGUGAAUGGUGGAAUGCAACCUAGUGCUGAAAUCAUCUUAGGAACGCACCAAUUGGAAGAGAAGCUGGUGGUGUUUGAUCUUGCACAGUCAAGAGUUGGGUUUAGCACUUCCCCACUGAGCUCCCAUGGGGUGAAAUGUGCUGAUCUCUUCAACUUUGUGAAUGCAUGA